CGGUUAGGAAAUAUGUUGCUACAGCAGGGUACAGCUGUUUAUAAUCCCCAUCGCUAGUUCCACGCCCUCUGGCCCUGAGCCUGUUUCUCUUUCUGCUUUUGCUCAGCUCUCCGAUUUUUUUUUUGUUUAGUUGUAAUGUUCUAACAAUCUCACCUCUGAUUGGUGUUAUAUUUGUCUCUAUCUAAUUUUUCUAGCCAAUUGAGCUAGGAGAAGAGCUCUUAGUCUGGUACAAUGGGGAAGACAACCCAGAGAUAGCAGCUGCUAUUCAGGAAGAAAGAGCUGGCAGUCACCGGAGCAAGAAGAACUAAAAAAAGAGGAAAGAGAAGAAGAACACUCAGUUAUAAAGAGAGUAAACCUAAAUCCACAGGAAAAGAAGAGUGUUUCUGCAGAAAUGAAGGAUUCUGCUAAUGCUCCUAAUGAGAAUAAAAUAAAGCCUUUAAGUUCCCCAAUCCUGUCUCUUGAUGAGGCUGUGGUAAUCCAAGAAAUGGUGAAUCAGAAUGUCAUUCCUGAACUUAUUUCAGUUAUGUCCAAUGAACAGCACAAUAUAUCAGAAGAUAAAAAUGUUGACACUACUGUAACCAAACAGACAUUUGUUGACGACUUGCUUAAACAAUGUUCUGAAAAAUAUUCUGUAAAUUAUGAAGAAGAGCUUAAAAGUGUAUCUGAUGCAACACCAGACAGCUCCCCAAAAAAGAAACCUGCUAUUAAAACCACUAAAGCAAAGGCAGAAGUAAAUGGAGAUUUGCCAGAGACUAUGUUUCCGUGCCAACACUGUGAAAGAAAAUUUACAACAAAGCAAGGACUUGAACGCCAUAUGCACAUUCAUGUUUCCACAGUAAAUCAUGCAUUCAAAUGUAGGUACUGUGGAAAGGCAUUUGGUACUCAAAUUAACCGCCGAAGGCACGAGCGACGUCAUGAGGCAGGACCAAAAAAGAAACAGUUAAUUGUGUCUGCAACUACUACAUGUGCUGAAAAGCCCAAGCAAGUUGUUGAUUCUCUUAAAACAUCUGAUGAUAAUAGUACAGGACUGCUUUGUAAAAUAAUUAACUCUGACAAGGAAUCGUUACAUUCUACUCUUUCAGAUGGAAAUGGUGAUUCAAGAGAACCUCACCCGUGUAAGUAUUGUAAAAAGGUUUUUGGAACCCAUACAAACAUGCGAAGGCACCAGCGCCGUGUUCACGAACGACAUCUUAUUCCAAAAGGUGUGCGGCAAAAAGGGCAUCUUCUGGACAAUUCACAACUAAACUUUGAGCAAUCUUCUAUUGAAAAUAUAUAUGUGGCAAAUACAGACAUUGAAGAAGAUGUUGAAGCAGAUGAUGUAUACAUAAUGGAUAUCUCCAACAAUAUAUCAGAGAAUUUGGCAUAUUACAUUGAUGGUAAAAUUCAGUCCAGCACCAGUAGUAGUAAUUGUGAUGUAAUAGAAGUGGAAUCAAUCCCUGCAGAUGUGUUAGGACUUAAUUGUCUUCUUAAACCUAUUAAGGUUGAACUGUCUAACAAUGUAAAUCCCUUGCAAUGCAUAUCAGAUACACUGAAUGAUUCCCCGUGCAGUGCAAAAGAACAAAAAAAAAGAAGAACGAUUAGUCCUCCUCUGUUGUCACAAAUAAAAACAGAAGUGGAGCUUGAUCAAGUAACACCAUCCUGUUCUCUUAAUAUUCCUCUUAGUAUAUCCAUAAGUGAUAAUUCACAGUAUCAAAAAGAAAAAAGUGUAUACUUAUCUUCAAAACUGAAACAACUUCUUCAAAUGCAGGAUGGUAAUAAAUCUCCAUUAAGUCCUUCUUUAUUGUCAGAGGUGCCCAAGUUAGGAUCAACUUCAUCCUCCUCUUCUACAGUGAACAGGUUCAAAAGGCGUACAGCUUCUCCCCCUAGUUCACCACAGAACAGUCCAGCAUCUAAAGAACUUGUAAAGCAAAGUGAUGGUAAAACAACAUGGGGUGAUACACUUGGACCUAAAAUCCCUAAAUUAGAAAGUUGUGGCAGCUCACCUGUAUGGAGUUUAUCUGGGAAAGAAGAAAGAGAGAACACAAAUCUAUUGUUCUCUGAAGACACAAAAGCACCUAAAGACAGGACUUUAAAUGUAAUUGUUGGUCAUGCUUGCAACCAGCAACCUCUGGAUUUAUCAAGUGGAGUAAAACAGAAGUCAGAACACAGGAGCCAAUUACAAGCCCCAUGGGAAUCAGUGCUAGAUCUUAGCAUAAAUAGGAAGUCUCUUUGUGACACUGAUAUAAAGGACCCCAAAAUAACUAAUUUGCUACACCCGCCAUGUAUUGGAAUGAAAAAAAAGAAACCUACAACAUGUAUGUUGAAAAAAGUUCUACUAAAUGAAUAUGAUGAACUGGAGGUAUCAGGUGAAAAUGUUCAGCAAGUUGACACUCCAUUGUUGCUCUGUAAGACAGAUGAGCAAAAUAUUAUCUCAGACUUUGGUGUUGGUGCAUGUGAUGAAAUUGCUCUUUCUAGCAAUGUUUCACCCGCACUUCUUGAAACUGCUUGUGUUACGGCUUGUUAUUCACCACCUAUUCUUACUCCAUCAGAAGCACAUUCACCAACUCUGUGUCCUCCUUUUCGCCCUGAAGAUUCAUCACUGCCACCUAUUCUAUGUACUAAUCUACCUUCUCUCCCAGAUUCUUCUUGCAGUGUUCCUCCCACCCCAUCAUGGGCAUCACCACUCUCUGCCAGCACUCAGUCCCCACUUCCAGUUCUUUCUUGCACUGUAUCACCUUCUCAAUCACCCACUCAUACAGACGAGCCUUCAAUAUGUACUUCUCCUGGUCCUCCUACCCUUUCAUCAUCAUGUACUACUUCAUCAUCAUCACCAUCAUCAUCAUUAUUCUUAUUAUCAUCAUUAUCAUCAUCAUCAUCAUCAUCAUCAUCAUGCUCUUCUCCUCCACCAUUAUCUGUGGUUUCAUCUAUUGUAUCUCCAUCAUUACAUUCUGAAUAUUCUGCCACCACGUUUGUUAAACAGGAGAAAGAUGAGGAACAGAUCAUUUCAAAUGAAACUUUAAAGAUAAGUGACCAGGAAUUAAUUCUUGAAAGUUUAAAUAAAAGCUUUGUGUGUAAUGUUUGUGAAUCGCCUUAUGUUUCUAUCAAAGAUCUUGCCAAACAUAUAUAUGUACAUGCUGAAGAAUGGCCCUUCAAAUGUGAGUUUUGCGUGCAACUUUUUAAAGAUGUGAUAAAUCUCUCAGAGCAUCGCUUUUUGCUUCAUGGAGUUGGUAAAAUUUAUGUGUGCUCAAUAUGCAAGAAAGAAUUUGCUUUUCUUUGUAACUUACAACAGCACCAACAAGAUUUGCAUCCAGAUAAAGAUUAUAGUCAUUAUGAAUUGGAAAAUGGGACUCUUAGACCACAAAAUUUUACAGACCCCACUAAGACAAAUGUAAACCAUUGUCAAACGAUGGAUGAUGAUCCUAUGACUGCAUCUCCAGAGGAAGAUGGGGAUCUAAAUGACUCUUCAGAAGAACUUUUUUCAACAAUAAAAAUUGUGGCAUCUGGAGAAAAGUCUAAAGGACCAGAUGUCCGUAUGGGACUCAAUCAACACUAUCCCAGCUUUAAGCCACCACCUUUUCAGUACCACAAUAAAAAUCCAAUGGGUAUUGGAACAACAGCAACAAAUUUCACUACUCAUAAUAUUCCACAAACUUUUACUACUGCGAUACAUUGCACUAAAUGUGGAAAAGGUGUAGAUAAUAUGCCUGAAUUACACAAACAUAUCUUGGUAUGUGCUUCUGCAAGUGACAAAAAAAGAUACACUCCAAAAAAAAACCCAGUACCAUUGAAGCAGACUGUGCAGCCUAAAAAUGGGAUUGUGGUCCUUGAAUCUCCAGAAAAAAAUAAUUCAUUCCGACACAUGGGACAUCCAAAGAAACUGAACUUUACCUUUGAAAUCAGUAAAAUGUCAUCUAACAAACUCAAACUGAGUGCACUAAAAAAGAAAAAACAGCUAGUUCAUAAAGCAAUUUUACAGAAAAAUAAAUCGUCUAAAAGAAAGGUUGAUUUCAAAACAAAUGUAUUUUUAGAUAUAAAAUCACAUGUUUGCCCAUACUGUGACAGGGAAUUCACAUAUAUCAGAAGUUUAAAUAAACAUGCAUCAUAUAGUUGUCCAAAAAAGCCAGUUUCUCCUCCAUCCAAAAAGCAUGUUUUAAAAUCCACAAAAAAAGGAGCGGUUUCUUCUGCCAGAAAACAGAAAAGCAGUUUCACACGGCGGACAGCAGAUGCAGAAAUAAAAAUGCAAAGCACAGAAGUACAGUUGGGCAAAACUAGAGCCAGAAGUCUAGCACCUACGCAGAUACAGUUACCUUCAAUAUCAAUCAAGUCCAAACAAAUUGAGAAUUAUGUUCCCCAAGUUAAAUCCAAAAAGCAGCAAGUUUCUGUCUUAAACUCUAGCCCUAUGAGGAUGACCAAAAGUAACUCAUUAUUUGAAGUAAAAAGAAACAAAAAUAUCACAUUUAGUAGUUAUUCGCAUGUUUUGGGCAAAGCACCUCAAAAACUGCAUGCCAAAGUACAAAACAUUAAGCCACAAAAUAAGUUGUAUUACAAAAAGAAAAAAAUAGAUAAAAUCAGCAGUAAAUCUGGAGACCGAAUUGGUGGACCUGUCACAAGAAGCUCUCGACUAUCUCUCAGUAAAAAUGUGCAAGAAAAGAGAGAGGAUGCCUUUGGAAAACAAGAAUCAAGGGGCCCACAUUAAAUGUGUAGUCUUGAUCUUCUGUAAAUCAUGGAAUUGCUGUUGCAUGCUGAAGCUUAAAUAAGAAAUAUGCACUACAAGAACAAACAAGAAAAAGCUAAUUAAACUGCAUCUGACAAAUCAUCAAUUUUUUGGCGAAACGUAUAACUUAAGUACCUUACAUCUUCAUCUGGCAUGUUAAACUCAACUGCUUAUUCCAAGAUGAUUGAAAAUGCUAAUCUGAAAGAUAAUUUUUGCCAUAAUUAAAAUGGUUUAAUAUUUGUUCUUUGAACUGGAGUACAUUUUAUGCAUGGAACCGUGAUCCUGCAUUUUGUCUCUGCAAUGCCCACUACCCCUACCCUUUUUAAAUGCUGGCAAUUCAGGGUUUUCAAAUAUAUUGCUACAUUUGACACAACUACUUUAUUUUACCAAAUCAGUUCAAACAUUUGUGUUUUUAAUAAAUUUGUCAAAUUAAAACAAAUUUAAAAUUAGUUUUUUACUGGUAAAAUAAAAAAUUUUUUUAGCUUUUGUAUAUGAUUUUACCUGAAAACCCAUUUUUACAGUUUUAGAUUUAGUGUAGUCUGUUGCAUUAUGAUAUUGUUUACAUUAUUUCUUUUAAACAAUAUUAAAUCAAAUAAUGGUAUUAUAAAACAUUGCUUGUAAUUAAGGUUACUUAAACAUUGCACAACUCGGUUAAUCUUUGUUUUUUAGAUUAGUUGAAAGUGUUUGGCAGUUAACAUUGUUAAUGCAUAUUUUGUUCACAUUUUGAUAGAGGUAAUGCUUCAUUCAAUAUUGGCAUUUGCAUUUAUAUCUCGCUUUUGUUAUAAGUUUUAAAAAGUAAACUACCUCCUAGAUUAUUGUUCAGUGCUUUUUUGGUAAAUUUGUGCCACUUUAUCGCUUUCACUGUCAUUCCCAUUUUAUUACAUUUCUACAAUGGGGAAUUUAAUGUUCAGAAACUGUAUAAAGCAUUUGUAAUAAGUAAAGUAAAAACAAUUUAAAAAACUAUUUAAAAAUAUUUAAAUUGUUUUAAAAAUGUCAAACGUAUUAUGUGAUAUCUGUUUAGCAGCUGUAUUGGGGACGUUAACCUUAAAGACUCGUACUGAGUUUUGCAGUUUUGUUUUUUUUUGUUUGUUUUAUAUUUUACAUUUAAGUGGACAAGUGAUUUAAAAUUAUUAUAUAAAUAAUGAAAGUUUGGAAAUUGGAUAUAUAAAAAUGUUCACUGAUUUUAAAACUUGCAACAUUGACAGAUCUAUUUUACGUAGAAAUAUAAACUAAAAUGUGGUCUGCUAUUUUUAUUCUGGCAUGGUAUCUUGUGACUUUCAGAUGUGUUUUAAAAUGGAAAAAAAAACUUUUAUGCUGAUUCAAGCACUUAACUUUAUAGAGGGGGCUACCAGGAUAACUUUUAUAUACUUACAUUCAAUAAAAAAAACUUUAUUAAGCCAAAUAUGAACGUCAUUUGUGGCAGUCUAUUAUUUGUACAGAUCGCUUAAGGUGAUAAUUCUCUCUUUUACUUGUCUUUGCGAUACUAGGUGGAAAAUAAUUAUUUUUUUAUAUUGUUUAAAAUAAAGCAUACUGACAUUUUUAAAUUUAUUUAUUACUAUAUAACUUAGUCCAAAACAGAUUAUUAUCAUGUUCUCUGUAUUGUUCAGAUUCAAGGUUAUUAUAUAGGAUAGAACUACAGAUCCAUUGAUAAUACAUAGAGUAAUUAUGGUUUUACUAUGGUAUGGUAUGGUAUACUGUGGUGCCUAUUCUGCAUUAAUAAAUCUUCUUUCAUGAGACGUGAGAGUCCAUUAGCCAUCACAUAUGGGAUUGAUCUCCAGUCCGCCAUUAGGAGGCGAAAACACUCAACAUGAAAGUUUUUAAUCCCUCCCAUAAACCCUCGGUCUUUUUUUUUCUCUCUCCAGCAAGGAGUGUUAGGAUAUGUUAGCCUUACCGACGCCAUCUUGAUCUUAAUUGCCAUUUUGUCUAAGGCAUCCAUCUUGUCUUGAAGAGUUUAUUAUGUAGUGAAAAAUAUGCUGAUGUUAGUAAGAAUUGUAUAAGUUAGGAUGGCCUUGUAAAUGUUCCUGUUGAUGCGCCUGGAAGUCUGUUAUCUAGGUAAGAUGCCCAAACGGCCUUGCUUUGGGCUGAGCUAUGCGCCCAGAUGUAUUUUUGUUACUGUUAUAAGAAAUACUCCUUCAUACUCCUCUUUCACUCAAUUAUUUCAAUAAGCUUAUUUUGUUCAUGAAAUAUGAUAUGAUGUAGUUAUGAAUAAGUCACUUUUUAACCCUAUAUGCUGUAAUUAUUGCCUAUAAGAAGUAUUGUGCAUCUUCUAAUAAACAGAGCAGAUGUUAGACUGAUUGCUGCGUGGUCUGAUUUCUGUUCUCUGGGAUAUCCUGUUAUCAAAUAACCCAUUCCUUUCCAGCUGAUACGGUGUGUUCCAGGCCAAGCGCUGACUGACACUCCCCCCCCCCCUGAAAAUAACACCUAACAAUUCUGGUGUCAGAUCUUGGGAUUCGCACUGGGUAAGUAGAUAAGUGUUUUUUUACUCUACUUUUCCCUCUGUGAAUCUGAACCUAAAUUUGUAUUAUUUUUUCAUUUUUUUUAAAAAGGUGUUAAUGAUAUAUGUAUAUAUAAAGAGUUAAAGUCCUUUUAUAAAGGGUUAAGGGGUUACUGCGGUAAAAGUGCAGGUUUUUGCGGAGGUUCCAGUCCUGCCGGCAUUUGUAUUAACUCCUCUAGACAGGUUUACAGUCCUGCUAGUGUAGACAGGUGUGCAGUCCUGUCUGGUGAAGCACGCAAGAGAAAAAGUUAGCGUGCAUUUGACGGGCGGUUUAAGUCCCCCGUGCAAGUUGGCAUCGCUGUGUUAUGGUGAGUUAGAGUCUCAUCUGUGUUGAAGUUUUUCAAAUAUAUUCCUAUAGUAGAGUUUUGUUACCUAUCACUGGAAUUGAAUUGGUAUUUGGUGCUGCUUUUGCUUGAUUGCUUAUGCUGAGACUGCCAUAUUACUGUGCUGUGCUUAGAAAAUAUUAAGUAAUUGUGCAUUUUAUCACUGCUGCUGCUAUUUUUGUGUUGUGGAAAUGGGUCUGCUCAUAGUACAAAUUGUGAUAGUAAUGCUGAGAUUCAGAAAUGUAAUAUUAAGUAUAAAUCUGUUCAGCAUGUACACAGAGCAGGUGGAGGAUACUGUUGUUGCAGCAUUAGUAGCUAAGAAAGUGCUAACGUUUUCUGUUUAGGACAGAAGCAGUGUAGACAGAGGAAUGUCCACUCCAGAGGGAGGGGGACGGGAGGGGGGGAUUUCACACAGAUCACAGCUCUGUAGGUUCAGUGAGGAAGCUGGCUCCUGGGUUCACUAGUGCUGUGGGCGAAGAAGGGGGGCCACUGAGCACACACACCAGAUCACAUAUUCAGAGAACAAACAAAAAAAAUGUUACAGAAGCUCCGUUUGUAAAACUUUCUUUUGUUGUAUGUGUGUUUGCAGUAACGAAACAGAGAUUCUGUGUAUUUUAUGUGUAAUGAGUGUUGGUCUGUCGGUUCUCACUGUGUCUUGCAUGACGUGUAAAAGAUUUACUCUAAACAAAAAAAAAUCUGAGGAUGUAUUACCCUGUUUAAAAUUUGUUUGUCUCAAUCUGUUGAGAAAAUGGCCAUACCUUGAAACUUCGGACACUUUCAAAUACAUUUUAAAUUUGGUGGAAAGUUAAUCUUAUUGUAUUCCUAAAUGUCUUUGCUAUGUUAUGAAAUAUAUGUUUUCCUGAAAGAAAGAUACUGUUAAUGUGUUUUCUGUGUCACUAAAAGUUUGAUGUAUGUUGAAAUUGCUUUAGAAUAAAUGUUGGAAGUGAAUUUAUGGUAUGCAAGUUGAUAUGAGCUUGUGUGUGUAUCGCUGUAAAAAUGACCUUGGUGCAUUUUUCGUUCUGAAUGGUAAUUAAUUAGGCUAGUUUCUUAGCUAAGACAUCGGACAUUGUAUGAUGUAUUUUAAAGUGUUAUUGUUGUAACUUGAUUUUAAAGUCAUAUGUAUGUUCUUAAUUAUGUGUGCUAUUAAUAGCAUUUUUUAUUUUUAAGUGAUAUUUGUUUUGUGCAAAUAAAGAUUGUCUACCUGUUGCGGCAUAUAAAUGUAUUGUUUUUGCAAGUGAACUAAUUAAGGGAUUUGUAAAUGUGCGGAUGUUUGUGUGACUUUCGGUCACGUUCUGGUAAAUGAAAAAGAUUAACAGGUUGAUUCAAGUAUGUUGUGGGAGUAAUGUAAGAUUCAUGCAAGGAGUUAAAAACAGGAAAAUAGAAAAGACUAUACUCUGUAUGCUAUUAAAGUAUAUAAAGUAUCUGGGUCUAUUUCUGUUGUAAGUAAAUUAAUUCAGUAGAAGUUUUAAUAUAAAUGAGUAUUAUUUAUGCUGUGAUGGCUCUAAUUUAAAUAUGCAGGUUAUGUUACAGUAAAGAAGUAGAAUUUUAAUGGUAAAUAAGACAAGUGUCUUAAUCAUAGCUAGGGUAUACAUAUGUAAUAUACAUGUUAUAAAUGGUCAGUCCUUAAAGGGACAGUUCAAUGAUUUGUUAUUUCAGCUGUGUAGUAUAAAAAAAGUAGGAGAAAUUGUAUUUUCAGGUUUAUUUGUAUAUAUGAAGUAGUUGCUUUUGGGCUUUUAAAUCACAGCCUAUUACAAUGGGCUAAGUUUCAGGGUAUAGCAUAUCUCAUUGUCCUUAUCUGAUAUUUGUCUGGAAAACAGGCUAUUUGUAAACAAUUAAAGGCACUCCAUCAGGUGAGAUGGAUCAUUGGGAACAAUUUAAAUGGGACAUUUUUGGAUAAACUGUCUUUUUAAUCUAUUAGUGUACAUUCUUAUUAUUCCUUUGUAGAAAGCUCAUUUUUGUCGUAUACAAUUGUUAUAUUUAGUCAGAGAGCUGCAAAAUGGUGAAUAUCAAAUUAUAUAAAAAAAAACUUAAAUCACAUAAUUGUGUAUUUAUUAAAUUUCUGGUUAUGUAAAAGUAUAGACUGGAUUCUAGAGCUUUUCACAAAUUAUUUGUGCCAAACAUGAUUUAUUUAACAGUGGAUUUGCACUGUGCAUGCAAGCAGGGGCUAUAUAGAACAGUGGCUGUACCAUUAUUAUCUGACCUUUCCCAGAAUAUAGUACUUAGGUGUUUGUGUGUUCCUUUGUAAAGUUAUGGUUAGGGAUUUAAUUUGUAAAUAUGUAACUAGAGAUUAUUGAUCUUCUGAAGUGAUUGCAUUAUUAGUAUGAUCUCAUAGUUUUGUGCAUGGUAGAAUUUGCAGAACCAGGGCAUAGACGGUUGUUAUAGGAUUUUAAUUAUUUGUAGUGUUUUGCGAGUGCUAUGUUUCAGUGAAUGUAAGUAUAUGUGUUGAAUUUCAGGUUAAUUGUGGUUGUUAAAAGUUUUUCUUGGCUGUUAAUGUUUUUUGUUUUGUGGAAUGGACAGUUGGUUUUAAGUGUUUUCUCAGAGAAUGUUAUGUUUUUAUUUUUAGUGAAUGCGUGUGGAAGGGUGCUGUAUGCAUGGAAUAUUGAGGUUUAUUUGAUUUUGCCUGAUGUUAAGAAUAGUAUACUACGGAGUGCAUGAAUUGUCUUUUAGUUUGCUGUUAUAUUGUGUUUGCGUGACACAUAGGGUGUUUCACGCGAACAAAGGGGAAGUAUUGAUGAGUAUUGAUGAGUAUCUUUAUCUGAUUUGGGUGAUUAUUUUAAGUAAGAAAAUUAGCCUAAAAUGUUUUUAUUUUUCUAUUUUGUUCUUAACACAAUAUUUGUAUUUGCAGGAUGAGAUCAUGAAGCUGUAUCCAGAGAGUAAAAACACUAACUGAAUUAUUUUUGAGUUUUUCAUAUUUAGGUAAAAUCUGUACAGAUAAAAUUCCAUAGUGCACUCUCCAAAAAAUUGAAGAUUGAAUGCAAGUAAACCUUUUAAACAAAGAAAUGCCUGGUGCCUAGGUGAAGAAAAGAAAAAAAGAAGAUAAAAUACCUUUUGUCGAGUUUGUUUUAACCACCAUACUGCAGUAAAAGUUGCUGAACUAUCUUUGGAUCCAUUCUUUGCUUUGCACGCUGGUACCAGCCCCAGAACUGGACUCUGGGUAAUCUAUGACUGUUUCCUAUGAUGUGUGUCUUCAGAACAUAAAGACUAUCCUUCUAUGGAAUGUGCCUUGCCUGUUGGAAUUGAGGACCUGUUACACUGUUAGAGUCAUCCACAGUUAAAUUAGGGGAGUAUUGUUUUAACUUGUUUACUUAUAUUGCUUGUUUUGUAUUCUCUUGUAAUUGUGUUAUUUUUGUUGAUCAUAUUAGUUAUAAGAAAUCAUAUAGCUUUGUCUGCAGAAAAGUAUGCUUUAUUUAUAUUAGUACACAUUGUAGUUUAUGUACUUAAACAAAGUAACCCUCUAGAUAAGUGUAACUCUAAACUUUGCAGUAUUGUAACCUAUAGAAUGGCCCACUGAGUAUAGAGAAUAUGUUUGCACCUUUAUAGUUUAAAGAAAAUGAUUCAAUAUAUCAGAAUAUUCUAGACCCUUCACCAUUGUAGAACACAGAAGGCUCACCCGUGUUUUUAGGAGUAGUAUAAAGUAGUAUAAUUAUAGUUAUAUUGAUGGUAUAUUUUCUACUUACAAUGGCUCCUAUUGGAGCUGUGUUAUGAAAGCAAAUGUAUUUUUUCCUUUUUUUAACUGGUAUGGUAUCUACAAUUUGAGUUUUGUAAAGGUUUGUCAAUUAAAGGAAUUAUCUUACCAUAAGGAUGUGUUUACCUUUAAAAGAUUUUGUAGUUUUAAUAAUGUUAUGAUUGUAUUCUUUCCUCAUACAGGAGUGCGAGAGAAUUUAGGUUGCAUAAAAUAAUUAGUAAACUAGUAGUGUUUAUAUCAGAUGAGACUGCUGACUAUUAAGAUCAUAGUUGGAGAAUUAUAAACAUUACAGAUAGUAGCUUUGCAGAAUAAAGGAACACUAGGUUAUUUGUUUUAGUAGUUCAAAGAGAAAGUGUGAAGAAAUUAAUUUUAAAGAAAAUAUUUUUAUUGACUGUUUUACUUUUCAUUUUUGUUGCAGGGCAGGCCUUAGCAUAAGUUACUUAGCAUAGCCAUACAGCCUCUUGAUGAAGUCUAGCAGUUUUCACUUGCUUAGUAUUCAUGAAGUAUCAUUUAAAUUGUAUAGAGAAGCUGUGAGUUAUUCUCUGUAAAAGUUUCAAUGUAUUUACUUUGUAUUAUAUAUCCACAAUGUUUUUCUGGUUUUAAAUGACAUAGGACAAGUUAAGCUAUUAAAGGAAUGGUGAUGCUUACAAAAAGGUGAAAGAAGUUUUAUUUGGACAUAAUUGUGAUUGUAUCAGGGUGUGUGCUCAUCUUGUGCUGUUUUGUUUCCUUCUUAGACUCCUUCUGACUCGAGUGUCUGCUUGCUAUGAGGAUCCACUGGCUUUCCUUGUCUACCCCAUGAACAAUCCAUCAGACUUCUGCAUCUACCUGCAGAAGAACACUGGAUAAGCACCCCUACUGCAAAUGGACUAUGGUAUUGAAGCAGAGUGUUUGAGGAAGGUGGAGCUCUAAGAGGACAAAGACUGUUCAUAAAGUGAUCAGAGGCCACCCAGAGACACUGUGCUGUUCCCAUGUCAGGCUUCACUGUGGAGAAUUUACAGAGCAAGAGACUGUCGGAAAUAUUGGGGGGUGCUAGCAAUGCAGGUGGAGAAAUAAAGAUGCAGCAUUGUUUGGGGGUAGAUAGGGGGCUGGUUGGGUCUUUGUGCAGAUAGACCAGUAGUUUGGGGGUGCUGGGAGGUAGACGGAGAGUAUUGGAGGGGCCAUACCUAUGUGCAGUGACAAAUUGUGCCCUAUUGGCCUAUAAAAUUAUAGCAGUAAAUGUGAAUACAUUUCUCUACAGUAUUCUGACAUAGAUUCUUGUUAUACCAAAGUAUUAGGCUUAUAUUUUUGUUAAAAGAUUUACUAAUUUUCUGCGCUUUUCUAUUUUUAUGUUAUUCUGUUAGAAUAAAAGAGGGGUAUGUUAGGAUAUGUUAGCCUUACCGACGCCAUCUUGUUCUUAGUUGCCAUUUUGUCUAAGAAGAGUUUAUUAUGUAGUGAGAAAUAUGCUGAUGUUACUAAGUAUUGUAUAAGUUAGGAUGGCCUUGUAAAUGUUCCUGUUGAUGCGCCUGGAAGUCUGUUACCUAGGUAAGAUGCCCAAACGGCCUUGCUUUGGGCUGAGCUAUGCGCCCAGAUGUAGUUUUCUUACUGUGAUAAGAAAUACUCCUUCAUACUCCUCUUUCACUCAGUUAUUUCAAUAAGCUUCUUUUGUUCAUGAAAUAUGGUAUGAUAUGAUGUAGUUAUGAAUACGUCACUUUUUAACCCUAUAUGCUGUAAUUAUUGCCUAUAAGAAGUAUUGUGCAUCUUCUAAUAAACAGCACAGAUGUUAGACUGA